AUGGAGUCACGAACGGAAUUCAAACUUAAAACACCACCGACAGACGCUAUUUCGGCUGUUGAAUUCGGACCAAAUUCAACGCAAUUUCUUCUGGUUUCGUCGUGGGAUAGCACAGUCCGACUAUACGAUAUUCAGGCCAAUACUAUGCGGCUAAAAUACAAUCAUGAACUGCCAGUAUUGGACGUCGCUUUCCAGGAUGCGGUCCAUGCGUACAGUGGCGGCUUGGAUAAUACACUGAAGAUGUAUGACAUCAAUAGCAACACAGAGUCUGUUAUGGGAACGCACGAGAAACCAAUUCGAAAAAUCGAGUAUUGUGCAGCUUUGAAUGCAAUCUUGACCGGGGGUUGGGAUGCUGCAGUAAAAUUAUGGGAUCCAAGAAGCCCAACCUGUGUAGGCAGCUAUCAACAGCCUGAAACUGUACUUGCCCUGUCUGUGUGUGGGGAUAAGUUUGUUGUUGGUACAGCAAAAAGAAAAGUUUGCAUAUGGGAUCUUCGAAAUAUGGCGGGAAUGUUUCAGCGUCGCGAAAGCAGCUUAAAAUACCAAACGCGCUGCAUUAAGGGCUUCCCAAAUGAACAGGGUUACGUUCUUAGCAGCAUAGAAGGACGGGUCGCCGUUGAAUAUCUUGAUACAACUCCUGAGGCACAGAAAAAAAAAUAUGCCUUCAAAUGCCACAGGAUAAAAGAGAAUAAUGUUGAACACAUUUAUCCAGUCAAUGCAAUUAGUUUUCACUCCACAUACAACACGUUUGCAACUGGUGGAUCAGAUGGAUUCGUUAACAUCUGGGAUGGUUUCAACAAAAAACGCCUAUGUCAGUUCCAUAGAUACAAUGCAGGUGUUGCUGCCCUCAGUUUUAGUCACGAUGGUUGUGCAUUAGCUAUUGGUGUUUCAUACUUGAAUGAAGCGGAAAUUCCACCGGGUGGUGCGAACGAAGAAAGUAUAUACAUCAGAUAUGUAAAUGAUCAGGAAACUAAACCAAAAUAAAAAGAAACUUGCGCAUUGUGUGAAAUCAACUAGCUCAAUCGACAAAUGCCUUCAACACUGGAUAAAGGCAUGAUGUUUUAUGACUAACGUAAUUAUUCAACUGAUAAGAACUGAUUAAUGGUCGACGUUUUUACCAUCGCAUAUUCGUAAUCAGUGAUAAUUGUGUAUAAUCGGGCAGAAUAAACAACUUUUCCAAUUUUGUGAAUAAACGAUAAAGAGAUUUUUAAUCUCACUUAUACAUGACAUACAAAACAAUGCUAACUUGAGAAUAUUAAUAUUUCUUCAGUUAGAUCAACUGCAACAUCUGUCAACUUUUCGAACUGUGAAUAGUGAUUAAUCAAAUGAAUAAUUUUUAUCGAUAUGCAGUAUUAAUUAUUAGUAGUUUCCAAGUAAUGAACUUGAUGUGUAUUUUCAUUUUUCAAUCUUGUUUGACAGCAUUUUAGUUUGUCGUUUAAAUUGAAUUCAAAACACAGGUUCUUCUUCUAAACAGUUUAUUCACCAUGUUGUCGAUGACUAUUGACAAACAUUUCUAGCUUAUUUUAUGUGAUUAGAUCGACUCAGAUUUGUGCCUAGUAAUUUGUUUAAACGUAAUUUCUUCAAUAAUGAGCGGCUUUAAUGACAUUCUUUAAUUUAAUCUUGAAACAGCAUUUAGCUAUUGAUUUGUAACGGCGGACGAAAGCAGUUAUUACUUUAGUUUUGUAUGUAUUUUAAUUUUUUUCAAUUACACUAUAAAAUUAAGGUGAGUACCUACUGCUAUUCAACCAAUUAGGCCGUAAAGUGGUAUCGUAAAAAAAGUUUCAACUGAAAUGUAAAAGAAUAAUAAAAUAUGUAAUGAUUGUGCAGGCCUACAGAUCAAUACAUUACAUUAUAUAUAAUAUUGACUUCAUAACUAAGUACAUUAUUGUCAGAAUUAUAAAUUACAAUAAUUAUAGGUUUAGGUUGUCAUAUUACUAUUUUACGCAAAUUUACUACAUCGCCUGAUCAUUUAUUGCAUUAAAAAUGAUAUAGAUUAUCAGGCAACAAUCGCGAUCACAAAAAUACCAUUGCACCCUUCCGUAAUCACAAUACUUGCGAAUGAGACUCAAAGUUUGAUGUGAUAAUGCAUAAUAUUUUAUACUAAAUAUUAGAAUGUAAAAAAAUUGUAGUUUGUACAAUAAUAGUAUACGAAAAUCCACAUCGUCAAGAGACGGACAAAUUCAAUACACAACAACUUUAAAUAUAUAUAUAUAUAUAUUUUCAAUUCUGCACUUGAUAAACAUAUUUCACUAGCAACCAUUCGUUUUUUGAAAUUAAACAGCAAGGUCUCCCUCUAUUUCUAUGAAGCUGUGGAUAUAUUGUCUUGACGCAUGAGUUCACAGCUUCAUCAACAUAGAUGAGUAACAAUCACACCCGCUAAUAACGAUAGGAACUGAUAAAAAUGUUCCAUUGCUGUCAUCACGUUUUUUGAUACAUAAA